AGGAGUCCUUUUCUUUGUUCUCUCUGUUCUUUUCCACUCUCCCUCACAUACAUACAUAUAUCAGUUGUCAGAUAUCUACAUCUAUAUCUAUAUCUAUAUCUAUAUAUAUAAUAUUAUAUAUUGGAUCGUUCAAAGUAAUUAAACUGAUUAGCUUCAACCCUUCAACUUGCUCUUCUCUCCAAGAUUUCUGGGUUUCUGCCAUUGUUUCAGUACCUCCCAAAGUGAUCAAAAUCUUUCACAAGAACUCUUCUUGGGGGAAAAAGUGACUGAUAAAAUGCCUCAGCUAAUCAACUCUAAUUCAAUUUUCACUUCUCCUUCCAAGAAUCUCAAAGGUUUAAAGGCUUUACUCUCUAACAAUGUUGAGCCUUCAAACACUGAUGAUGUCUUCAAUGAAAAUGAAUUAGCUCAAAGAAAAGCUGAAGAAGCAGCUUCAAGGAGGUACCAAGCAGCAGAGUGGUUGAGACAGAUGGACCAAGGUGCAUCAGAAACCCUGCCCAAAGAACCCUCUGAAGAAGAAUUUUGCCUUGCACUUCGAAAUGGGCUCAUUCUUUGCAAUGUCCUUAACAAAGUCAAUCCUGGAGCUGUUCUUAAGAUAGUGGAAAAUCCAGUAAUCCCAGACCAGUCAACAGAAGGAGCAGCACAAUCUGCUAUUCAGUAUUUUGAAAACAUGAGGAAUUUCUUGGUAGCUGUAAAAGAUAUGCAGCUCUUGACCUUUGAAGCUUCUGAUGUUGAAAAGGGUGGUUCAAUGACUAAAGUUGUGGACUGCAUUCUAUGUCUGAAAGGAUAUUAUGAAUGGAAGCAAGCAGGAGGAAUUGGAGUUUGGAGAUACGGAGGAACUGUAAAGAUUACGGCCUUCCCAAAAGGGUCACUACCUUCCUUGAUUGGAAGUGAAAGUGCCGACGAUUCUCUGGAUGGGUCAGAUUCAUCGCAAUAUGAACAAUUAUUGGAGUUUCUCCAUCUCUCUAAUGAAGUCACAAUUGAGGAGUCCAAAACUGCCAAUGCUCUAGCUUUUCUUUUUGAUCGCUUCGGUCUUUGGCUUCUACAAGCUUACCUUAGAGACAGCAAUGGGAUUGAAGAAUUCCCCUUGAAUGCAAUGUUAGUAGAUACAUUAAUCAGUAAGAUCGUGAAGGACUUCUCAACAUUGCUUGUUUACCAAGGAACACAGCUUGGGCUGUUUCUGAAGAAACUCCUGAAAGCUGACAUGAAUUCUCUAUCAAAAUCCAAUUUUAUAGAAGCCAUCUCACUAUAUCUCGGUCAAAAGACUAGCCUGGCAUCAAAUGAUGUCUCCAAGUUCUGCAUCUGUGGUGGGAAACGAGACAUUGUUCGCCGUAGCAUUAGUCAUUCUGCCAUUAAUGCAGACCUUCUUGAUCUUCAGCAGAGAGAAAUACAGGACAUCAAAUUAGAUUUUCAACAAACAAAGCUUGAAGUCAAACAGAUUCAUUCAAAUUGGGAAGAAGAACUUAAGAGACUAGUGCAUCAUAUCAAGGGUCUCGAAGUGGCAUCCUCUUCUUAUCACAAGGUAUUAGAAGAAAAUCGUAUGCUUUACAAUCAAGUCCAAGACCUCAAAGGAACAAUACGAGUUUACUGUCGAGUGAGGCCCUUUUUUCAAGGCCAAACAAACGGACAAUCAACUGUGGAUUACAUAGGAGAAAAUGGAAACAUCAUGAUUGUCAAUCCUUUAAAGCAGGGCAAAGAUGCAAGAAAAGUAUUCUCUUUUAACAAAGUGUUUGGACCAACCGUCUCACAAGAACAAAUAUAUGUCGAUACUCAACCGCUGGUCAGAUCUGUAUUAGAUGGCUUUAACGUUUGCAUCUUUGCAUAUGGACAAACUGGCUCAGGAAAGACAUAUACAAUGAGUGGACCGGAUUUGAAUACCAAGCAAACGUGGGGUGUAAACUACCGUGCUCUAAGUGACCUGUUUCAAAUAUCCAAGGAGAGAUCAGAUUUUGUUAAAUAUGAAGUUGGUGUGCAAAUGAUUGAAAUAUACAAUGAACAAGUGAGAGAUUUAUUAGUCAUGGAUGGCUCAAAUAGAAGAUUGGAUAUUCGGAACAAUUCUCAGUUGAAUGGCCUAAAUGUGCCUGAUGCAAGUUGGGUUCCAGUUGCAAGUACUCAAGAUGUUCUUGAACUGAUGAGAACAGGUCAAAAGAAUCGUGCUGUAGGUGCUACGGCUUUAAACGAGCGAAGUAGCCGUUCUCACAGUGUUUUGACUAUUCAUGUGUAUGGUAAAGAGUUGGUUUCUGGAUCUAUUCUCAAAGGUUGCCUGCAUUUGGUGGAUUUGGCUGGGAGCGAGAGAGUGGAUAAGUCCGAGGCAGUAGGUGACAGAUUGAAGGAAGCUCAACACAUAAAUAAAUCACUCUCGGCACUAGGAGAUGUCAUCUCAGCACUUGCACAAAAGAGUGCACAUAUUCCUUACAGAAAUAGCAAGCUUACUCAAGUAUUACAAGAUUCUUUAGGUGGUCAUGCUAAAACAUUAAUGUUUGUACAUAUAAGUCCUGAAGUCAAUUCCAUUGGAGAGACAGUAAGCACACUGAAGUUUGCUGAGAGGGUUGCUUCCAUAGAACUCGGGGCAGCUAAAUCAAACAAGGAAACCGGUGAAAUCCGAGAACUUAAAGAAGAGAUAUCAAAUCUUAAACUUGCAUUGGAAAAGAAAGAAGCAGAAGUAGAACAACUGAAAGGUGGAACUGCUCGAAGCGCGACUGAAUCUCAACGAGCAAGAGCGGUUUCACCUUUCCAUUUUCCAAGACGUAAGCCUGAAUCAUCUCCGAGACGUGGUGAUGAUAAUAGAAUCACAGAGGCUAGAAGCUGUUCUUCGGGUAAGCAAAGGAGGUCAAGAUUUCCAUCCGUGUUUGCAGACAAGGAGACAUUUCCUAAGAUGCCUAUUCUAGCUGAAGAGAGAUUACUGAGUGUAGUAAAUGCAAGAUCACCGUCUCCUCCUGUUCGGAGGUCCUUAUCCACUGAUAGAGGAGCCUUAAUUAGAAGCAGGAUCAAGGCUGACACAGUUGAAAAUCAACCAGUCUCAAAAGUACCAUUUCCGGCUAGAGUACCGGUUAACAAAUCCUUAGCCAGUACAACCGUGAUCCCAUCAGUAGAUAGCAACUCCUCCAGGGUUCAUGUAAGUUCUCAAGAGAUUUCCAAACAAGAUAGCAUCUCUGAUAAACUUAGCACGACGAAACUGCAUCCGGAACAUGAAGAAGAGCAGUUUAGGCAAGCCCUUAAUGUUAGACAAGGUGGAAUAAGGAAAAGCAAGGCUGAGAGCAAAGCUAAAAUGAAGCACCAACUGCCUACAAGACUUCAUAAAACCGAUGCAGCAGUCACAUUGCUUUCUGAAAUAGAUGCUGGUGAGAAAAUAGAGGAGCCUCGAAAAAGCGACUUCUCCGAGACAGAAAAUGAGAAUACACUCAUUGGCUCUCUUACAUCCAGCGCGUUGAAGACGAAGAGGUUUCGACAAAACAUCACCAGGAAUUCACAGAAUGUUGAACCAAGGGGCUCAGUGCAAGCAGUAGAACCUUUUCUGGGAGAGAAAAACCGACAAGUAAAGGAUGGAAGUAAAACUUUGAUGCCUGAAUUUCGAAGGAGCCGGUCAUCACCUCGUGGGAAAUUUUUGGUUUUGCCUUGAUGAUACUACAGUAUAUAGGGGAAUUAAAUUCUUGGAAUUUGAUAUAUUUUUAAAGGUUUUGUACAGUAAGUACUGAGGUUGGUGUUUCCAAAUUCCAGGUUGCAUUUGCUGAUCAAGAUAUGUCAUUGAAGCUGAUUAUAUGCACACUUAAAAACAUAUAUAUAUAUAUGAUUUGUUUUACUUGAGAGAA